UAAAAGUCGCAAAAAGUCCGUGAGGGUCGCACAUGCGCAUAAACGAACGGCACCAGCUGUUGGUGCGACUUAUCACGACUGUUGGUGUAGAGAUAAGAGCCUUCGACAAGGCAACCGAACGAAAUGUCUCUGGGAGUCUCGGCCAGGUUGAAGUACACCAAAAAGCAUGAAUUGGUUAAAUCCCAUAGCCAGUCUCAAUUACUUGCCAACAAACUUCGACAGGAUGGUGUCUUAAAUACAGUUGAAAAUGUUAUGCAAGCUGUUGAUCAAGUUGCUUCCUUAUUGGCAUCAUCAAAACCUGUUGAUCCUACAAUUUCUUAUAAAGACAGUAUCAUUAAUUUGUAUCAACACUUAAAAGUCUAUGGGGCUUACUUAGAAAUCUUAUACCAAGACCAACUCAACAGAGCUUUUGUGGUAUUUCGUGAUAGAUCUCAAGACGAUAUACGACUCGAUUAUUUAUCUCGAUUACACCUUCUCGAAUUGAUUGAAUUACGAGCGAAAGGAUGGAAGGGAAACGAUAUUAUGAACCAAUACUAUCGCAAAAAAAUAGAGCAAUCAGAAUCUGCCUCAAGUUUGACGGAAUCAAUGACAACAAUCGCUCCGAGCCCGGCACCUUUAUUGGGACCUGGUGAAGUUAUUAAACCUUCUGGAAAAUUUAGUAAACCCACUAGGAUCCCUGGAAAAAAUUAUUGCAAGGAUGAGGUUGUUAUUAGAAAUGCGGAUUCUGGAAAAGUAAUGGGCAUAAAGGGCCGUCGAGUUCACAUGAUUGAAGAACUCAGUGAAACGAUCAUAUCGUUCCAGAAAGUAACUCCAGGUGCUAAAGAACGUCUCGUCCAAAUCACAGGUGCAAAUGAAGAAAGCAUAAACCACGCUAAACAAUUAAUUGAAGAUACAAUCAAACGUAACGCUUCCCCAGUUAGAGAACACGGAAUCGCAGUUGGUGGACCAUUAACAGGGUCUAGUUCAAGUAUUAAUUCUUCUGCUUCCGAUGAUAGCGCCCUUCCUCAAGUUGCAAGAUCCUCAAGAGCUUUACUACAUAGUUUGAGUACAAACGAUGCUAGUAUUGGAGAAUAUAAGUAUACAAUUGUAACUGGUGGACAUACAAUUAAGAUUACAGGAGAUAAUUUGGAUUUAGUGAGGACGAGUAAAUUAAUUUUGGAUGAAUACUUCUCUGGGGAACCAAUUCAAGAUAUAGGCCAGUUUUAUAGUUUUGAUAGUUUACCCCAAGCAGAGAUUGUUUUACCUGUUUCCGAGCCUCUUUCUCCACCUGAAUCUCUUCCGUCGCCGAACGUUGUUCCUAAUGGACAAGUUGAGGAGCCACCGCAAACUCCUACAUUAAGACGACCACAUACAUCGAUUGAUGAAGUCCCUAAGGAAAAAUCUAGACUUAUCUAUUCAAUUGAAUUUUUGGCCAGAUUAGCAAUGAGUCCUUUGUGUUUGUCUCCGCCCAUUGAUCUCGAACGUAUCACCAAUCAACAUCCGACUUUAAUUAGAAAGCUUGUGGAAAUGUUUGAUGCAAAACAAUAUCUUACAAACCGUAUGGGUGAGCCAUUAACAGUUUUAAGUGCUGAUGAAGUUGAAGCGGCUGAUGUUUGACGUAAACAACGCCGCAAUUACAAGUAAAAGAAUCUCCUCUGUUUAUAAAAAUAUCCCCCCAGACUUAGUAGGUUUGUGUUUUGUUUUUCAUAUAUUUUUUUUCAUCUUUCGUUUUGUUAGGUGUUUUUAGAAAGAUUUACAUAUAAAAGUAAGUCUCUAGUAAUUCUUUCUGUCUUUUUGAGAAGUUUUUCGAUAUGAUAAAGUUUUAAAAGGAAACAAUAAUGCUCAUUUUGUAAGAUGAAAUGAAAAUUUAAAAAAAAAGAAAUGAAUGAAAUAGUUGAUAGGAAAUAUAAACUUAUAAAAUAUAUUUUAAAGAUUUAAAA